AUGUACACUAUUGGUUCACUGAAGAACUAUUAUUUGCUGUCACAUCACGAAAUCCACAAGCGAUCUACGGAGCCGAGCCACAAACACCACCUCAAAUUAAAUGACGAACCACAGGUCCGAUGGUUCGAGCAGCAGCGCGAAAAGCGCAGAGUGAAGCGCGACUAUUCGCCAUACGAACGCGCCUCAUUUUCACAACUCUCGCGGCGGCUGCAGUCACACCGUCCACAUUAUCGCGCUUUGAAUUCCGGCUUGUUCUUCCCAGAUCCACUGUUCAAAGAGCAGUGGUACUUGAAUGGAGGUGCAAAGGAUGGCCUAGACAUGAACGUAUCACCGGCGUGGCAGAAAGGAUACACAGGCAAAGGUGUCGUCGUGUCGAUCUUAGAUGACGGAAUACAGACCAACCACCCUGACUUGUUGCAAAACUAUGACCCGAACGCGUCAACAGACAUCAAUGGUAAUGAUGACGAUCCUAUGCCACAAGACAACGGAGACAAUAAGCAUGGAACAAGAUGUGCUGGAGAGGUUGCUGCAGUUGCGUACAAUCAGUAUUGUGGCGUUGGCAUCGCUUACAAUGCUAGCAUUGGGGGCGUUAGAAUGUUAGACGGAGUUGUAAAUGAUGCGGUUGAAGCCAGAGCUUUAGGUCUAAACCCAGACCAUAUAGAUAUCUACAGCGCUUCUUGGGGACCUGAAGACGAUGGUAAAACCGUUGAUGGACCAGGGCCAUUAGCAAGAAGAGCUUUCAUCUACGGAGUC